CAGACAGGUGAGCGUGACACCUUCCCUCUUUGUGUCCUGGUGAUCUCGGCCCGUCCCGGGUUCGGUCUGCCGAUGGAGCCUCGGGCCGCCGCCGCGCGACACGCAGCGUUACCAUGGAAACACUGCAUCCACCUGACUCUGCUGCUGGUCCAGCUGAGUUUACCUGAAGCCGGAGCUUCCUGUCGCAUCCUGAGGUGUAACUCGGACUUUGUGGCUGCGACGCUGGACCUGGGCAGCAGCAGCGGGGGAGGAGGAGCGGGAGGAGGAGCGGCUCCCAGCAGGGAGGCGGUGAACGCCGGUUACUGCAGCGCCCUACGCUCCUACGCCAUGUGCACUAAGAGGAUGGCGCGGGCGUGUCGAGGCGACCUGGCGUACCACUCUGCGGUUCAGGGCAUCGAAGACCUGCUGAUCCAGCACCGCUGCCCCCGUGCGGGCCCCACCGCCCAGCCCCGCCCCCUGCCUCAGGGCACGCUGUCAGGAGACGCCUGCCUCUACGAGAGGAGCUUCCUCAGCAGAGAGGGACGCAGGCCGGAGUACCUCCACUGCGGCGUGUUCGGAGACCCGCACGUUCGAACCUUCAACAACGAGUUCCAGACGUGUGCCGUGCAGGGGGCGUGGCCUCUCGUUGACAACGAGUACCUGUACAUCCAGGGCACCGGAUCGCCAACAAAGGGGGGGUCGCACGCCACGGCGCUCACUAAGAUCACCAUCAUCUUUAAGAACUGGCGUCAGUGCAUUGACCAGCAGCUGUACCAGGCGGAGCUCGAUAACGUUCCCGCUGCGUUCGCUGAUGGCUCAGUGUCGAGCGGCGAGCGGAGAGGUCAACACAGCCUGACGGUCCGGUCUCAGAGUCCAGGCCGGCACGCGGAGAUCCGGGCUGCUCACAUCGGUACGUUGCUGGUGGUGCGUCAGAGCGGACGCUCGCUCGGCCUGUCGGUCCGCUCGCCGCGCAGCAUCGUGGAGGCCUUCGGCCCCGAGCAGGACCUGCAGCUGUGCGUGUGGGGCUGCCCCACCUCCCAGAGACUCAACGUGCUCCACCCACUGGCGCCGGACUCCUCCCCUUCCUCCGCCGUCAGCCCCUGGGCUCACUGCGCUGCGCUGCUUCCCGCCCAAGACGUCUACUACCAGGCCUGCGUGUUCGACCUGAUCGCCAGCGGAGAUACGAACUCCAGCACAGCCGCCGUCAGCGCAGCACAGGACGCACGAAACAUGAUCUCUGACACGCAGAGAGUUCACCUGCUGCCCGUCUCCUCCGCUGAGCAACACGGGACACGACUGGACCUGACGCUGCUGCUGCUCGGCAUGCUGGGAACUGUAACCACAGCCUGAAGCGGCAGGAAGUCACUGCAGACCUCAGACCUGUUUGACAGUUGAUGGAUGAUAAGACCUGGACACGGCGCCGCCGCUCAGCCUGGUUCCAGUUUUGCCCAGUGGCCACUCACGGGAUUGCAGCUGCGGCUCAAAAAGCGUUUCCCCCGCAGGCCGCCAUUUUAACAGCUAUCCAACAUGGCGUCCUGAUGCGAGGUCAUGUGGAUGAAACAGACACUACGGGGACUUUAUACCCCCCCCCGCCCGCUCUGGUGUCACACGGCCGGACUGAUCCUGGAUCAGUGCUGAACAUUAUAUAGACAGAAAAUGAAA